UUUAACCGUAACAUUUGUAAGGAAGUUUUGUUCGUAAUUUGUGAGAAAGUGAAGCUAUUAGUUUUCAUCUAAGCAAUAACUUGAAUAUUUGCACUUUAUCAGGAGGUGGGUUCAUAAGUACAGUGUAUUGGAAGCUUUUAGGAUAUCUUCUUAUCUUCGUUAUUGAAUUUUAAACAUCUACAGUAUUGUUUGGUCUAUUAAGCCUUUAUUCUGCAAUCAAGUUUUCAAUGGUUCACACAUCUGACAUUGACAGAUGUUUCGAAAAUCUGGAUCCCUUGCUGAAGAGAACCUCUGAAUUACUAUGCAAGAUCAAAAAUGAAGGUGUUCUAACUAAUUCUCAUCACUCCGCUCAUCAGCCUCGCCGUAUUGAUCACAAUCUUGCUCAUUUUACUACAGUAGACCAAAAUCCAGUGGACUAUGAUUCAAGAAAUUUAAAGAAUGUCAAUUCAGUUGAGAAAUCCUGUUUUCAUAAAUAUGAAAAUGGAUUUGCUUUGUCGGAAAAUCAACACCUCCCCACAACAGUUAAAAUUUUUGCCUCAGCUGCUCCGCUAAACUCUGAAGAAUCUUCCUUGCGUAUAAAAGAUAAUUUACGCGACUACCAAUCGAAUACUGAGAAAUUGAUCGCUGAAUUGAAGCAGUCAAACGAUCAAAUAAGAAAUCUUGAAAAAUCCUUAUUAGCAAAACAGUCGUCGAUUAAUGAACUUUCUAUUGAAUUGGAGCGUAAAACAGCUCUUGUCAAUUCUUUAACAAUAGAGUCUUCAACAAAAGAUAUUUUAUUGCGUCAGUUAGAUUCAACUUUAGGUCGUUUGACAAGAGGUUGGAAAGAUAACGAGGCCAAACAAGAUCUUGCUAUAAAAUUAGCUAAAGAGUCUGAAAAUAGAAAAGAUAAAGAAAUAGAAGAACUUAAGAACCAAUAUCAAUCAGUUCGUGCUCAAUGGGAUGAAGAGCUGAAUUCAAUAAAAUCAGAGCAUCGAUUAGAGAAAAUGUCUUUAGAAGAACAAUUAUAUCAAAUAACUAGUAAAUGUAAACAAUUAGAAGGAAACAAUACAGAUUCUUAUAGAACUAUAGAAGAAUUAAAAUGUAAAAUUAAAAAUUAUGAACAAAAUUUACAUGAAUAUCAUAUAAAAUUAACAGAACAACAAAAUGGAUCAAAUUUAAUGAUUAAAAAAUGUGCCAAAUUAAAAGAACAUUGGCAAAAUCAAUUAAAACAUUAUAAAGAUUCUAUAAGAAAAAGUUUAGAAAUGAAAAAAGAUGAAAUAUACAAAUUUAAAGAAGAAAUUUCUAAAUUAACUAAAAAAUAUGAAUUAGAAUUUCAAGAUUAUCAAAAACAAAUUGAUUUAACUGUAGAACAAAGAAUUCGAGAGCAACUAAUAGCCUAUGAACAAAAAAUUCAAGAAAAUGCUACACAAGCUGAAGAAACUCUACGUAACAAGUUACGAGAAGCGUCAGAUCGUUAUAGACUAGAUCUUGAUCAAUUACGGUUGAAUGCUGAGACAGAAUUAUCACGACAAAUGUCUGAAACCGAACAUCGUAUUGAAGUUGAACGUAAACGUGUACAAACUGCAGAGAAGCAAUGUGAACACUGGCGUAUCAGAACAAGAGAGGCUGAAGAAGCAAGGUCUGCAUUAGCUCUUCAGAUAAAUGAGUUGUUACAAGCCCGCUGUACCGAAGCGAUGCAAAUGCUUCGAUCUAGUUCAACCACUACACUCCUAAAUAUUCCUAUUACUCAUAGUUUUAUGGGUAAUAAUAUUGGUUCAAAUAUACUGACUGAUUUUGAUCCAAGUGAUCAUAAUCUGAAUAAGCAGAGUCCAAAAGAUAGAAAUGAAUCGGAAGAAGAACAAGAUCUAAGUAUAUCGACAGUGCAUACAUUCGAAACUCAAAUUCUGUCACGUAUUGAUUCGAAUGGACAAGAUGAUAUGGAAAGUGCUAACAUAUUGGAUAAUCAACAAAUAUGAAUCUAAAUUUUAAACUUAACUGGUUUUAUCUGUGAUGUACUCGUUACAUAACUUAUUACUAUUGUGCAUAUCAGUAACAUAACACUUUGUUUUAACAUUUGUGUAAUAUUUCUGCCAGUUAGACCGGUGCUAUUUCGAUCAAUCGUGAAUAAAUGUGGAUUAGAAAA